UCGGCGAUUUUUUUUUUUGUAGGUUUCGCGCACGAAAUUCGUGAAUUUCUACCAACCAAAUCAGACUUCCGUUCUCCAGCUUGCUGACCGUUUUCUUCAUCUUUCAGGCACGUUUUGCAGAAUGGCCGGUGUUAUCAAAAAGGCUACUGGGUUGACGGGCAUGCAGGUGGCCAAGAACCCGCACCACACGCUGACGGCUCUGUACAAUAAGAUUCUGCGCGCCGUCUCCAAGAUGCCGCAGGAGGCCGCAUACCGCCGAUACACCGAGCAGAUCGUUUCGCAGCGAGCCAAGAUUGUGGCCUCGACCCCAAACGUGCGUGAGAUCGAGCAAAAGAUCAACUGUGGCCAGGUGGAGGAAUUGAUUCUGCAGGCUGAGAACGAGCUAACGUUGGCACGUAAAAUGCUCGGCUGGAAACCGUGGGAACCGCUGGUGAAGCAGGCACCCGCCAACCAGUGGGCCUGGCCACCGGCCAAGCUGCCCGAGUUGAAGUAGAACCGCUUCAAGAAGUCACCCAGUUUCUCCUAAAUCUGUUUCCUCGUUCAUUAAUCGUAGGCACACGCACUGGAUCCCUCAGGCAAGGAUUACGCGUAUUGUUGUAAAUAAAGCACCGUAGCGCACCGGAGGGGCUACUCCGAGGGCGCCGCUGUGUAA